AUGGCAUUAGGAGACGCUGCACUCGACUGGAAGCGAAUAUGUCGCAACGUUCAGGUCGAACGAAAGUCUCUGAAGUACGGAUCCGAAAAUCACGAGUGCGAGGUUCGGUGGCGAUAUCGAGAAGAUACUGGCAUCUCGCUGCGAACAGUCUAUCACUCUAGCCAAGACGGGAAGCUUCGAACAUGGACUGAACAGCACUUUCCUGCUACCGGGCCAGCGAUACCCUUGACUACUACGUAUGUUGACGGUGCAGUAUCUGUCGAUUUUCCGCGCAGCUCGUUCGGGAAACUCAACAAGCAGUAUGUUGACAUCAAGUACACGUUCAUUGGCCACGAAUCAGCAAACAGAUUCCAGACCUUGUUGUACACCAACAACGGUGCCGACUCUGCUAAUCUCGAAUUCGAUCGACCCAUAUUGAGCAUAUCCUCGGAUCACAAUCCGACUGAAUGUCGUGGAAGAAAUUUGCGGCUGUGGCGGCGUACCGAGACGCAUCUAGCGGAUGGUGGGCUCGUUACGUCUGAGGUCUUGAUCCUGCUGUUUUACACGAGCGCAUUGGAAGAGGAUGGGCACUGGGUCGAGGAGCCGCACUACGCAUUCGAAUGGCUCACGGAGUCGGUCUAUAAGAAAGACAGUGACAAGCUUACGCUUCUCUUCUCAAAAGACGCACCGCGUUGGGCGACUGAUAAGCUUUUCAAACGCCGCAAGUCAUCCACACAGACGGAUUUCGAAGCAGCGAAUCCGUCUCGCAAGAAACGCAACGACUCUAUGGAAAUGCUACGGUUUUCUCGAUCAGACAGCGUUACUUCAGGGUCGUUGAGCGGCUCGCCGAUUCCUUUGAAAGAUAUAUCGGGAGGUGGUGGUGGUUUCUCGAGGGCUGCUAAUCUGAAUCGGUUUGGGUAUUCGGCGUUAGAGAUCAAGUUCCAGAGCAGGAAGGACAGGAUGGCGUUCUUAGACAUCUGGAAACAGUACGUCAAGCCGCUGAGUGUGUCCUGA